UGGAGCUCAGCAGCACGGGGCGGCCGUGAAGAGCUGUGGAUUGUAAUAGUUUGCAGUGGGUGGAUAAGGGUCAUACAGGAGUGUGGUAGGGGACAGGAAACAGGUGUCAGAAAUGACGCAGUAUCAGAGUGCGCGAAGAGAGGGAGUUUCGGACGAGCGCGCACACAUAAACAUGGACCGGCGCUCGUGCUUAUAAGUCAUUUCGUUGAAGCUGUUCUCCUGUGAGCUACUGAACCAUCUCUUCUAAUAUAAUGGCAGUACUAUUGAAUGAAUUCGUGGCUGCAGUGGCCUGAGGGGACAACUCAUCCCCCAAGACCUGACGAAAGCAGACACAUUCAGCUGUUCACCGAAAAAUAUCAGAUGGGUCAAAUGUGAAAUCUGAGGGUUGGAUCGGUUCGGGAAUUGACGGAGCGCUCAAUACAAAUGUUUCAUCAUCAUCUCAUCCCUGUGAUGGCAACACAAGACAAUAAACAAAAGGAAAACGCUGAUCAAAACUUUGAUUACAUGUUCAAGUUGUUGAUCAUCGGAAACAGCAGUGUUGGAAAAACUUCUUUCCUCUUCCGCUACGCUGACGAUACCUUCACCUCUGCCUUCGUCAGCACGGUGGGCAUCGACUUCAAGGUCAAAACCGCCUACAAGAACGACAAACAGAUCAAGCUACAGAUCUGGGACACAGCGGGGCAGGAGAGGUACAGGACUAUCACCACAGCUUACUACAGAGGAGCCAUGGGCUUCAUCCUUAUGUAUGACAUCACUAAUGAAGAGUCUUUUGCUGCAGUGCAGGACUGGGCGACCCAGAUUAAGACGUACUCUUGGGACAAUGCACAGGUGAUACUUGCAGCAAACAAAUGUGAUAUGGAGGAGGAGAGGAUCGUGUCUGUGGACAGUGGAAGAUUAUUAGCAGAACAACUAGGUUUUGAGUUUUUCGAGACUAGUGCAAAGGACAAUAUCAACGUGAAGCAGACAUUUGAACGGUUGGUGGAUAUCAUUUGUGACAAGAUGUCCGACACACUUGAGGUCGACCCCUCCGUUGCCACGGGAGCACCAACUUCCAGACUGACCGACAACCCAAUGCCUCCUCAGCAGUCUGACUGUGGCUGCUAGUGUUUACUGUCCGGGCUGUUUGCUUUUCGUGCCUCGAGUGCUAUUGACAAGCUUCUGUAUUCUGAGGCAAAAACAAGUUUUUGAACCUCAAAUCAUUGACCUGGCUUAAACUCUUUUUUGGCGUGAUUGUAAUCUAUUCACCCUCGGUUCUUUCAAAACCUGUAUUUGACUCUUCCUUCUGUAGAAAACUAAUGAAGAUAUUAUGAGAAAUGUUGUUGGUUUACUAACGCUUUUCUAAAUAUCUUAUUUUGUGUUCUGCAGAAGAAAGAACAUCAUACAGGUUUGGAUUGACGUGAAUGUGAAUAAACCAUGAAAGAAUUUUGGGUUGACUAUCCCUUUUAAGAAAACUGACAUUGCAAACUAGCAAGAUUGUGCCAAAAACAAGCGUCAAAUCUUGUCCUUUUUUCCAUUAUAUCAAUAUAUGGUGUAGUUUCAGGGGUUGCUGUGUAUUCAUAUUAUACAGCAAUAACUUGUAGGAGGCAGAAAUUUGUUGAAUUAAAGUAUCCACAAUCAUUCCCAUGUCUCUCAGGGGAAUUAUAAACAUCUACAUAUUUAUAAAUUCUAUAUGUGUUUAACGUAGGUGUAAUGUAUUAAGAGGGUACUGACAUUUUACGGAUGAGUUUGGAUAUAUGUUUCAAUGCUAAGCUGUAUGUACAGAAAAAGAUGAAAAUGCUUAAAAGUACAUACAAAAUAAAAGUGGCCUUGACAUGG